GGAACUCGUUAUGACAAUGAUGGUCACCCAUCUAUGGACCAACCGCGUCAAGCGCAUAUGAAACGUGACAUCGCACUGGACUAUUUUUUAAGACAUUUGAUGCUAGCUAGACUGGGUGGGGUGGUGAAAAUUAGGAGAGACUAGAAAUUGAGUUUGAUUAAUUGAACAUAAAUAUUCAGGGUUCCAUCAUAGUUUUUCAAUGUUAUCCAACUCAUAACAGAUAUAAAGACAAACAGCGUAGACUUUUAAUAGGGUUUCAACUUCCAUUAAAACUUCAAUACAACAUCUAUCGCUGAAGGUUGAACCAAUCUCUUUAAGAACAAACCAAAACAGCGGAUCAGUUGAUGAUAGUUUAGGUAACUGUGCAUUAAUUACAUAAUUGUGGGAUCAUCGCGCUGUGUCGGUGAUUCGGCUAAGACUCUGUUAUCAUAACAUCUUAACGAAAACAAACGAGGGCCUGUAAAAUGCUGCUUUCGUAACACACGUGUUGUUUCGUUGUACUAAGGUAUAUUUCGAUAUUCAUUAUACAAGUUUAUUGUGUUUUAUAUGGUACCUACAUGGUUAAGAAUUUAAAUGUGAUAAGUAUAACAUAAUUAAAAUAUAUAAUUAUCAUAUAAACAUAAUUAUCACAAUACUGUUUCCUACGGCAUUGAUUGCGGAAAAAGAAUACGUUUAAUGAAUACAUACAGGAAAAUAGCAACAUUCGAAGGAUUGGCGCGUAUUAGUAACCUUUUACAGUCAUUAAUUAUGAAAGUACCAAUAAACUAUGCGAUUAAUGAGUUUUGUUAAUUAAAAUAACAUGUUACGAGAAAAUUACACUACCAAAUUGAUUUGAAUUACGAAAGUUUCACUACAGAAACGAGUGUCAACGGUUAAUACUCGAAACGUUUUCUUAUCUCCGAUAUGUUUGCAUCUUAUCUCCAACUUUCAAAUACAUUCCGGUCAAUAUUUGUUAUCAAUAGAUAAACAAUAGAUCGAGUGUUAUCUUGGCGGUUUCGCGGCAUUUUAGCGCGCCACUCCAGUGUGAGUUAGAUGGGCAACAGCGACUGUUGUGGCUGUUGUGGUAUAUAAAUGUUGCGUGAACGGUAUGUUAGAUCAUGAUACAAUCUAUGAUCAGGAUCAUUUCGAGAAAAUUCCUUACAUAUUUAAAGUGCAUCGGUCGUCGUAAACUGUGUCUGGUUCCGCCUGUGGUGCUGUUGGUGGUGGUGCUGUGGCCGGCGUGCUGGUGGUUCGCGGCGCACACCAGCAGGGCUCUGCUGCCGCCGCUGCCGCCCGAACAGCCGCUCCAGCACUUCCGAAGAAACCGGAGUCUGCAGCAUUAUUUGAAGCAUACGCAGAUCUUAAUAGAGCCAUCAUCAUCGCCAUGCGGGAGUAUCGAGGAGGUGCGGCUCAUCACGCUGGUCUCCAGCGCGCCUCCUCGGGCGGAGCAGCGGCAGGCGGUGCGCGACACCUGGGCCAAGUACCAGCGGACGUACUUCGUGAUGGGGUUGUAUGGAGACCAUGUGGAUGAGCAACUGGUAGACAACUAUAUCGAAGCAAAGCAAUACGGAGAUCUGAUCGUGUACGAUUUCCGAGACCACUACCAGAACUUGACGCUGAAGACUGCGCUGAUGCUGCAGUGGACCCUGGACAAGUGUCCGCAGACCGAGUUCCUGUUUAAGACUGAUGAUGACGUGCUCGUCAACCCCUGGACAAUGGAUAAGGUGCUGGCGCAGAAUGUUGAUGCUCAGUUGCUUGGGUACAGCAGGAAUAACACGUACCUCCACCGCGAGGAGUACAACAAGUGGUACGUGCCGCGCUGGCUGUGCCACGAAGACUACGUGUCGCGGUAUCUCAGCGGGACCGGGUACCUCAUCAACGGGGACUACCUUCCACAAAUAAUGCAAGCCGCUAUCCAUGUUCCUCUAGUCAACCUUGAAGACAUUUACUUCACAUACUUAGUAGCGCACAAGGAGUUAGGCUUAAAACUAACGCAUGAUAGAAGACUGAGUCCCAUCAAACCCUGGUUCAAAGUCAGUUGUAUGUACUGGGAUCUUGCAUCCACACACAGCUUGGACCCUCAAGAGAUGAGGACUGCUUGGGCGAAGCUAGAAGGACUGAUGAAGGGAAGGAAUAAUACCAGAAAUGUUUGCGCCACUUUCGAUUGGUUUUUUGGAAGUUGGAAAGAUUAUGGUUUGACUUUUGAGUGAGUUUGUGUGUUUGCGUCAUGACUGAAAAUCUGGGGAAAAAAAUUGUGGCGUUCAUUUAAGGGAAUGAAUACCGAGGGAAAUAUUUUUUGGACAGUAGGCAUUAGGCUUCCCCUCAAAAUUUGAUGCCCUCAGUCGUAUCCUUAAAUAGACCUUUUUGGAAGGACAUAGUCUUGAAAUAUUAUUAAUUUAUUAAGGUUUUUAUGUUUAAGUAUUGUUCCGCGGUCAUUGUUACCAUUUAUUACAUUUACAUGCGAUGAACUAGAAAAUCAACCGAGAACAGAAACCCAUGAGUAUGGUAGUGAGAUAUAUAACCAUGCGUGAAUAUUGACUUGAAUUAAGUGUAAAUAUAUUUUAUCUACGGAAGUUGCCUUAAAAAUAUUUAUUAAACAUCUACGGAUUGAUAAUAAAACAAUCUUAGAUAGGAAAUAUACCGGAUUUAAUAUUGCUUAAAGUUUUUUUGUGAUCUCAGUCUAAUCUUAACUUCAUAAAAUUAUAUUAUAUUUGUUUAAAAAAUGUUUUUUUUCAUUCACGCCGCCUAAUUUUUGUAUUUCUACAUUUAAAUUUCUUACCUUUUAAAUACUUAAAUCUCACAAAAAUCCGACUGCUGCUCGUCGGACUUUUCGUAUAGAGCAUGAUAAAUCUUAAAGUAUUGUAUGACUUAAUGUGAAUAUUAUCCACAUAGAUAUAGUAAUUAUGUUUAAAAUAAGUAAGAUUAUUUUAUAAUGUGUAUAAACAUAUUUCAUUAAUUCAUGUGUUGUAGAGUUGUUCUUAUGAAAGUGUACUGAAAGAAAUAUUUUCGAGUGUUGUAUUUUUUUAAGCUCAUUAAAAUGUAAAGUUUUUGUAAGAGCGAGCUGACAAUAAUGAUGAAUUAGGGUUCUGCCCCCAAAAGAGUAAAACAAAAUCCUAGUACGACAUAACCGCUGUCUUUUCGUCUUUCUGUCCGUAUGGUUGCAUUUCUGUUGCCGCUAAAAGAACAAAUAAUAAACAUCUAAAUGAAGGUCAUGAAUUUCAUGGAUGACCAUUUCUUCUUUAACAUUUGUUUUUCUUAAGCUUAUAAGUACGGAACUCUUAGUAUCGCAAGCGCAACGCACUUCACCGGUUUGAUUGAAAUUGCGAACGAUGGUUGAACCACUGAAAUGUAUGAAAGUGGAGAUCUACGUGACGUGACUUAUCAGAACGAAAUCUAUUUCGAGCAAGAAGGCAAGCACUAACUACCUGCCUACUAAGGGAAAUCAUCAAAUGAUUCCCCCCACUUUAGGUCGAACGGAAGGCAGUAUCAAACUUACAGUUUAAAACCCAUAGACGCGGCUGGCACACCAUGGCUGCGAUAGGCCUCUUAUACAAUCCCAUUGAUUAUCUAGGCCCAAAUAUACAUUUUUAAGCGAUUUGUAAAAAAUACCUUGUUCUUAUUUUGAUCAAUGAAUCUCGUUUUGAGGUAAUAAAUAUGAUGUAAAGUGUCUUUAAACUCAUCAUCAUCAUUUUAAAUAUAGCUAUGUCUAAAUAUAAAUGGCUCUAGAUUAAAUGUAGCCGCAAAUACUCUACAUAAUUCUGGCGUAAUUUUACAUAAGCCCGCAACAAUACGACGUAUUUCAAGGCCAAAAACAUUUGUUCAAGGUUUAAGCCCAGAUUUUGCCCAGCCGUGGGCAAUCUGUGGGCGACAGUAGUGAUCUGGCCAGAUGUAAGCGUGUGUCAGGCGUUCGCAGGUGGGCGCGAUAACGUUUGAUUGCGGCUUGCAAAUUGUUGGUAUAGUCGAUUUUUACUGCAUUCAUACGAUACAGGGCAGGGUUUAGAGAUAGAUUAUUUUGUAAUUUAAAUCACCACGACACUCAAUAUUAAAUCUUGAAGAAUUAUCUGUUAUCCCAUGUUUAAUACCAUCCGGUUCUACGUUAUUUAUAAAAGUUUAUAUUUUGUAAAUAUAAAUCAAGAAAUUAUUUAACUGCUUUACACUGGCAUUAUGAGGACUAAUCAUAGGCUCAAGGUCAAAAGUUAAAUGUGUGGAAAAUGAAUUAAAUACUUUGAAACAGGU